AUGGUAUUUGCCUAUAAGAACAGCAACAACUGCUACACCAGCAACUACCACAAUUGCUACACCAGCAACUACCACAACUUCUACACCAGCAACUACCACAACAUCUACACCAGCAACUACCACAACGUUUACACAAGUAACUACCACAACUUCUACACCAGCAACUACCACAACAUCUACACCAGCAACUACCACAACGUUUACACAAGUAACUACCACAACUGCUACACCAGCAACUACCACAACUGCUACACCAGCAACUACCACAACUGCUACACCAGCAACUACCACAACGUCUACACCAGCAACUACCACAAUUGCUACAACAGCAACUCCCACAACGUCUGCACCAGCAACUACCACAACGUCUGCACCAGCAAUUACCACAACUUCUACACCAGCAACUACCACAACUUCUACACCAGCAACUACCACAACUUCUACACCAGCAACUACCACAACUGCUACACCAGCAACUACCACAACUUCUACACCAGCAACCACUGCAACUGCUACACCAGCAACUACCACAAGUGCUACACCAGCAACUACCACAACUGCUACACCAGCAACUACCACAACUGCUACACCAGCAACUACCACAACUUCUACACCAGCAACUACCAAAACUGCUACACCAACAACUACCACAACGUCUACACCAGCAACUACCACAACUACUACACCAGCAACUACCACAACUUCUACACCAGCAACUACCACAACUGCUACACCAACAACUACCACAACUUCUACACCAGCAACUACCACAACUGCUACACCAGCAACUACCACAACUUCUACACCAGCAACUACCAAAACUGCUACACCAGCAACUACCACAACUUCUACACAAGCAACUACCACAAUUGCUACAACAGCAACUCCCACAACGUCUGCACCAGCAACUACCACAACGUCUGGACCAGCAAUUACCACAACUGCUACACCAGCAACUACCACAACUUCUACACCAGCAACUACCACAACUGCUACACCAGCAACUACCACAACUUCUACACCAGCAACUACCACAACUUCUACACCAGCAACUACCACAACUGCUACACCAGCAACUACCACAACUUCUACACCAGCAACCACUGCAACUGCUACACCAGCAACUACCACAACUGCUACACCAGCAACUACCACAACUGCUACACCAGCAACUACCACAACUUCUACACCAGCAACUACCAAAUCUGCUACACCAACAACUACCACAACGUCUACACCAGCAACUACCACAACUACUACACCAGCAACUACCACAACUUCUACACCAGCAACUACCACAACUGCUACACCAGCAACUACCACAACUGCUACACCAGCAACUACCACAACUUCUACACCAGCAACUACCAAAACUGCUACACCAGCAACUACCACAACUACUACUACAACAACUUCUACUCCAACAACUACUACAACCACUUCUACUCCAACAACUACUACAACAACCACUACAAAUCCUCCAAUAACAACAAUUACAACUACAAUAGCAAUAACGACACCUGCACCAACUCGCCCUCCUCCAGCCAUUGGCCUGCAGCUUGUAAUCCAGAUAGUGUAUACUGUGGCCCUGAGUAACCCUGAGAGUAAGGAGUUCCAGGCUCUGGCUGUUACAGUGGCGGCAUCAUUUGAUGUCGUCUACAAAAAGAAAUAUGGGGGUCUCUUCAUCAGGACCGUUGUGCUAUCUUUCUC